UUUGUCUCAUAAAAUCUCCCCGUUGGUGGGCUUCUCCCCAGUCUCCUUGGUCGGCGACGGGAGAGCUUUCCGAGCAGCAGCCCGUUCUCGCUUCCCUUCGGCCUCUACAUCACCGUCCGUCCGACGAAGUCGCCAGUCGUGCACUGCCCCUUGACGACCUCUCUGUCUCUCUCUCUCCCCCCAGUCGUGCUCUAACCCUUCUCAGUCUCUCUCUCCCACUUCCCUGGAGAAUCGACUAAGUGAAAUCCCCCAUUUUGGUUCGACCCGUAGUGACAUAUGAAAUAGGGGACGGUAUAAAUUUAGCAACACUCUUUCCCCCGGAUUUGUUCCAACUCUUCACAGCUUCUUCCCACAAGGCCCUCCCUUUACGGGAUAGUUUCUCUCUCAGCCCCGACAAGGUGUCCUCCUCAAAAUCAUCAUCAAAUUCGACCGGCCUCAGUUCGUUCAGGCCCCUUCUCAUCUGAGCUUCCAUUGUACGGAGAUAGAGGCCUACUCAGCGCACUAAGAACCUGGUCAGCAGUCACGAGAGGAAGAAGCAGCUAUGGUGUUUCGUCCAUGGAGAAAACUUCUCUCUCCGUCUCCCUUCCGAUGCUUUCGGCAUCUAUCUUCAUCUUCUUCUAGAGGAUGUCUCAAUUCGCCUCCGACUGUUGCUCCUCGCAGGGUCGUUGUUACCGGGUUAGGUGUGGUGACUCCACUGGGCUGUGGGGUGGAGACCACAUGGAAGCAACUCAUACAGGGGAAAUGUGCAAUAAGAGCAAUAUCCCCUGAAGACUUGAAGAUGGAUGCUUUUGAUAGAGAUACUCAGUUGUAUGUGUUUGAGCAGCUGACCUCAAAAGUCGCUGCAACAGUGCCCAGCGGUGUCAAUCCUGGAGAAUUUAAUGAAGAUUUGUGGCUUAAUCCUAAAGAGCACCGUGCUAUUGCAAGGUUUAUAGCUUAUGCACUCUGUGCAGCUGAUGAAGCUCUGAAAGAUGCAAACUGGGCACCCACUGAACCUGAACAGAGAGAAAUGACGGGCGUCUCCAUUGGUGGGGGAACUGGAAGCAUCAGCGAUGUGCUAGAUGCUGCUCAGAUGAUUUGUGCAAAGAGACUUCGUCGGCUUAGUCCAUUCUUCAUUCCACGGAUAUUAAUAAAUAUGGCCUCUGGUCAUGUGAGCAUGAAAUAUGGUUUCCAGGGACCCAACCAUGCUGCAGUGACAGCUUGUGCAACAGGGGCUCAUUCAAUAGGUGAUGCUGCAAGGAUGAUUCAAUUUGGAGAUGCAGAUGUCAUGGUUGCUGGAGGCACAGAAUCUAGCAUAGAUGCCUUAUCUAUUGCAGGAUUUUGCAGGUCGAGGGCUCUGACUACAAAGUAUAAUUCUUGCCCACAGGAAGCUUCACGGCCUUUUGAUGCAGAUCGAGAUGGGUUUGUAAUAGGUGAAGGUUCAGGCGUCUUAGUGUUGGAGGAACUUGAGCAUGCAAGAAAGCGUGGAGCUAAGAUGUAUGCUGAAUUUCGCGGCUAUGGAAUGUCUGGUGAUGCAUAUCAUAUAACCCAGCCUCACACCGAUGGAAAGGGUGCCAUUUUAGCAAUGACUCGUGCAUUGAAGCAGUCAAAUCUUCAUCCUGAUCAGGUGGAUUAUGUAAAUGCCCAUGCUACAUCUACUACUUUGGGUGACGCGAUUGAAGCGAAAGCAAUCAAAACACUGUUCUCUGACCAUGCAAUAUCGGGUGCUCUCGGUCUCUCCUCCACCAAGGGGGCAAUUGGCCAUCUCCUCGGAGCAGCUGGAGCUGUGGAAGCCAUUUUUGCAGUUCUGGCCAUAAAAAACGGAGUUGCGCCUUUGACACUUAACCUCAUGAGACCGGACCCUGUGUUUAGUGAUAGGUUCAUGCCUUUGACUGCUUCAAGAGAGAUGCCAAUAGGAGCGGCAUUGUCGAACUCUUUUGGCUUUGGAGGGACGAAUACGUCCCUUCUAUUCACUUCGCCUCCACAAAAUUAAACCAGUUUUCAGAGUUCUGGAAAAUGUCACUCAGAGCCGAGAAAGACAUGGGUACAGCUCUCGCGAACAAGAUCUGGAGGAGAAUUCAGUGUCAUCUCUCCCCAUUUUUUCUUUUGUGAUUCCAUUAAUCAGUUUUCGACUUGCAUAUCUGUUGCUGGAUGUGAUGAUGAGGAGCUACGAGAAGCUGGUAAAGCCUUCAUGCCUUACACGUACAGAUAUGCGAGCCCGUUAGAGGAGGGGCUUUUGAACUCAGAAGACUUGUAGCCAUUUCGUGUUUUUAAGAUGUUUCUGCUGAGAAAAUAGUCAGUGGAAUCGACAUGUAGGUACGAUUCUUUUAUUCAUAAUUUGGGACAUUUUUACUUAUCUGAUUCGGCUUUUCUGGAAAAGAAAGGCUACAUUUCUGGGAAUGAGACUGCAACUUUUUAUGCCACUUGAAAAAAGAACAAAGUAAGUGCGUGUAAUUAUGUUGAAAA